AUGUUUUAUGCAUUUUACGGUUAUUUGGGAAAGAUAAACAAGCGACAAAAGAUUUCCGUGUUUCUUCGUUUCGCGAAUUUUUACCGUAGGACAAUGUUUCUGUUACCAAAUAAUGACGACUGUGCUGGUGAUGAGAAAAAUGAGGACUAUGAUUUUAAUGAUGACGACGCUAAGGAUGAAGAUGUGAUUUUUCUUCCAGAUGUUGGAUGGAUGGAUACUUCUGUUACACAGCUUUUUUGA